UUCCAGUUCCACCGCUUGCCCGCCAUCUCUUCCGUGCUUGCCUUUGCUGCUACUCUCCGCGUGACUAAGAAAUUCCCCCACAAGCGAUUCGCCAGGUUUCGAUUAUCCGUCCGUCCAUCACCGAGCUGUUCCAAUCCAAUCGAGCUGCUUCCAAUCCAAUCGGCGGAACUCCACAUUUUCGCCGCCGCCGCCGCCAACACCGCUCCCUGACAUCUCCUGCCGUACGCGCGCUCUCCACCAGCCGCGGCAAGCACUCGCCCAGCUCACGGCUUGCUUGCUCACGCUUCAAGCCCCCUCCCGUGCCCGUCCGUGGUCGUCUAUUUCUCUGAUGCUACCGCUGCUGCUGGCCUAAAAUUUCAGCUCCUUAAUUAGCCUCUCGGUUCGUGGGUUGCAACUGCUACGGCAGCCGUGCCAUACCAGUACAGCCCAACAACACAUUUGACACAUCAUCAUCGACCCAACACACUUCCAUUUUGAAGAGAUCUUCUGGUUAAUGAAACUAAACGCCAAGUAUAUCCAUCUGGUGUAUCCAUACAAUCAAGUAAUCCUUCAGAUGGACAUAAAGGUAUUAUAGGAAGAAACGCUUCUGAGCGCAAGCGUUAUCGUGACCGGGAAAGAUACGUGAUGAUGACUCCAGAACAGCGUGAUGCCUACCUUCAAAGGAACCGUGAAUACAAACGGAGAAGGAAGAAUCAUGAUGCAUUUAGCGAUGGUGUGCAAUCUGCAGUUAGCCAAAUCAAUAAAAUUACCCACGGCAACAUGCACGCACCAGCUCUCGCCAACAGACGCGAGAAAGUUGGACUCUUAAACAUGUCCACAUCAGAUCCAUCUGCCACAUCUACCUCAUAUACUAAAUUAACAAGCACCGCUCAUAAACGAAUGUCGACGUUUCUGGAAAGGGGCAGUGAAUACAAGAGAAUGAGAGUGUCUAAUGCAGCAGGUUGCAGUACUACCCUACAAGAAACACGUGAUUAUGUUUGUGCGUCAGCAGAUAUUGGCCAAUGUAAGUGGACAAACACAUAUAUGGACAUGAUGAGCAAGCUCAGCGGAAAAAGAUCGUCUCAUGAAGCGUCUUGCAGUUCCACACACAAAGAUAAUGGUAACUUACAUGAUCAGUACAAUCCUCUAAAAAUGCAAGAGUGUGCUGCAGUCCAAGACCAUGAAGACCAUGACAGUAUCAUCUAUGUCCCAAAUGGUGCUUUUCCUGCUAUAGAAGAUGGUUUGAUCGAGGAUGAAUAUGAAGACGAUGAGAGUUGUAUAUUAAGUGGGCAAGGUUCUGAUUAUUCAUCAUAUCGAGACAUAAAUCAUGAAAUUUGUGAAAAACAAGUUGAUUCGGGCAAUCAUAUCCAUCGAAAUAUACCAAGUUCCCAUCAUGUUUUGCAGCCAGUACCUAAUUGUGCACAUUGCGGUGCAAAAAGGUUCCAGUAUGAGAAACCGACAUUUUGUUGCAUGGGUGGCAACGUCAAGAUAGUGACUCCAUGUGUUCCUGAUGAAGUGCGCAUAUGCAAGUCAAGAUCCAGAUGCAAAAUACUUUCAAGAUAAUAUACGGUACUUCAAUUCUCACUUUUCUUUUACCUCUCUUGGUGUUAUCUUGGACCAACGAUACUGCAAUAAAAGGUCCGGAGUUUACACUUUUCGUGCCCAAGGAUAAAUUUAUCAUGGACUUGACCAAUUGGUUCCGGAGUUUACACUUUUCGUGUCCAUGUUUCCGAUCUUCACUCCUUUUUGAAGAACACCAAAUUUAGUUCAGAUCCUGUUAUGAAUCAGCUCUACUGAGACAAUAUGGAUAUCAGCUCAACUAAUAGCUUUUUGUAAGCAUACUAAGUUAAAACUUUGUCGUCACAUUUGGCGCAACAUAUGAUAGACGCUAUCAAUGUAUUCCGUAAUAUUUUCACACAAUAUUUUAUUAGUUUGUAACUAUGUGUAUUUGUUUGAGUUCUAAAAAAUCAUAUGUAUUUUUGUUAUGUUGCCUUGUUUGGUUGGGGACGUGCAAAGCACGUGCUGUUUACUAGUGUAGGGAGGAGGACGAACAGUCGCGGCGGCGGAGGAAGACGAACAGAGGUUGGGCCAUGUUGCUUUGCUUCUGUGAGGUAUCCGGCUGGUAUCCGGCUGUAACAAACCGUGUGGGAAGGGGUGGGCAGGUAUAUGAGGUGACGUGGCUUCAUGGGAGGCCAGGAAAAUGGGAUCACCUAUUUAGAAAGAGAAGAUAUGGUUAUAUGUAUUGAUUGAUAUAGAGACUGGGGUUAUCCUAGUUAUCCUGAGGCCGGUGCAACCUCCUCUAAGGCUACUCAUAGUGGGGAGUAACUUAGACUAGUAACAUAUGUUAUGUUACUAGUCUAGAUUACUACCUUCAUAGUGGGUAGUAACUUAUAUGUGAUGUCAUGCAUUGUGUCAUUUAUUAUGUUGUAGACUCAUUUUGCCUAGGGGUGUGUGAUGUUAUGGUAACAUAGGUAGUUACCACCUCACUCUCUUUCUUCAUUUAUUCGCAUGCCAUGUCACCAUAAUGCCUUGAGAUGUAUGAUGUUACUAGCUAUGUUACUCCCACUAUGAGCAGUCUAAACUGUA